AUGUCUUCAUCCGACGCAGCGUCAUCUUUAUUAAGAGCCAGACAUCUUGUCUUCGGCCUCACCGUCGCCUUGGGGAGUGCAUGGUACCUUCAUCGACGAAUGGCCAGGACCCGAGCCGACGGGCCCGAUUCGAAAGAUGCGGACGCCACCGACCCCCCGCUCCUUCGGAAGCACUCCAAAAUAGUGUCUUACACUGCUAGCCGGACUGGCAUUACCUAUCCCGGAAUCCGGGUCUUUUACCGUCGUCACCCAAAAGCAGACGAGUUGCCCCAAGACCCAGCACCGCUUCCUUUGUUGGUGUUUAUCCACGGACUUGGGGGAUCCGUUGCGCAGUUUCAUCCUCUACUUACUAGUCUCGUUAAUUCCGCGUCUUGCCUGGCCAUCGACUUGCCCGGUUGCGGCCUCUCUCAGUUUGCGCCGACGUUGUGGGAUGCGUAUACGACAGAUGCUUUGACCGACUUACUCGAGACCAUUAUUGAGGGGUAUCGGGAGAAGGACCAGGGGCUUGUUCUAAUUGCCCAUAGCAUGGGAACUGCGAUUGCUGCUCGUAUUGCGAAUAAGCAAUCGGCAUUCUAUUUGCGUCCUCCUUCACAUGUGAUGGGCCUAAUCGCAAUUUGUCCCGUAUCCGGCCCACAACCGCCAAAAGUAGUGCGCAGUGUUCGUAUGCUUCUCUGGCUCCCAGAUUUCAUUUUCAACCUUUGGCGGACUUGGGAUAGACGGGGUGGUCCCGAGAGCGCCAGUGUUAAGCGGUUUGUUGGCCCUGGAGGAGACCUCGAGGCCCGGCAGAUUCAAGAUAGGUUCAAUAGCCAAAGUCGUACACCAGUUUUCCGUCGAAUGGCAUGGGGAGCAUUGCCCACACAUUUCAUUAGCGAGAAACCAGUAGGGGGGCUGUUCGGUGAACCCACUUGGGCUGGUCUCGAUAUUCCCGUUUUCCUAAUAGGUGGCGACUAUGAUUCCGUUACGCCUCCAAGAGAAAUUGAAACAAUUCGGGGCCUUCUUGAAUCUGCAACUAAGCCGGCCCCUUUAUCCAGCGGGGUCACGUCCGAGAGGUCCGAUUCGGCAUCUUCGCAGGUUGCUUCCGAGCAUCCUGGCGACAUUCCAUCUAAUGUUACGGAGGCACGCGCAAUUGUGGAUGCCGCAGCUCCGGUGAGCACCUCGGCUAAACCGCGAGACAUGCCACAAUCGAUCGACGCUAUCACCGACGAGGAUUUUACACGGAAGCAGCCGCCAACAGCUAACGUGGAAGACAACUACGAGGACCCUACUACGCCGAGAGACCAGGAGUCAAUCGGCGGUAUUCCUCCCCAGCCGCGGCAUCCAUCUAAAGUCGUUAAAACUUCAUUAUUGCCAGCCGGACAUGCUUUGCUUUAUAUGCCGAACACGGUUCGCGUCUUGGCAGGGCUUAUAGGCGACUUCAUGAAUGACCAUGUCACUGGCCGUUUUUCUCUGGGUUGGCAAUUACAGCAUCUGUCCCGCGACGGGAAGUGGGAUGUCAAGAAUCUCGCCAAAUGGAAAAGCGUCAAACCUGUUAGUGAACCUAUUGGCGGCGUAUUCCGAGCAAUGAAGACUUUGCGCGAGGUUGACGAAGAACAUUCUCCUAAAGUAUUUGCGGCCAAUUGGGGACACAUCAUUAAAGACAUCAUCGACAUCAGCCACACAGACCCAGUAUAUGACCCCAAGAGCUUUGGUGAUGGUAUCAAGUAUCAUAAGAUCCCGCCAACCGAGACCGAGGUAGCCAAUUUUAUCAAACUCGUGGACCGCAUCCGCGAGGAUCAGAAGGAGCGUGCGGCCACGGAGCCCGACUGGAGCCCGGACCACGUCAUCGGCGUCCACUGCCACUAUGGCUUCAACCGCACCGGCUAUUUCGUCGUGUGUUAUCUAGUCGAGCGCUGCGGAUAUGAAGUCCAGGACGCGAUCGACGCUUUUGCAGCAGCGAGGCCUAACGGGAUUCGCCACUCUCACUUCCUCGACCGCUUGUUUGUCAGGUACUCUCGCUUACACGAGUGA